CCAAAAAAUGUGGAAAAACUUCAACUACCAGAUGAAGUGAGGAUCCAGCUAAAACCAAGCUGGCUUGUGAAUCCUUAUCCAAACGACCUGACUGAGCCUUCAACAGAUGUAACAACAACUAAGAGCCUCACGGAAAUGUUCACUGAAAAAGAAAUAAAUCUAGUUAAAUCACCAACAAGAGUGAUAGAGGAGCAGCCAACACAGCCUCUGCUAGAGCCGCAUCCACCUAAGGUCCUGGCUUCUUUAAACGAAACUACGCCAGAAAAAAGUCAAAGUAACAGUAAAGCUGAAACAGAUUCCACAAGUGAGGCCCUCGAAACACCAGACAUCGUCUUACCAUUACCAGAGAACUCAAAAAAGUUUAGGCGUACACGGAAACAACUUAAAUUACUUCAAGAUGAGAUCACAGCACACUUGACAGGCCCAGGUGAGCAGAUAGACAGUGAAAGUCAGGAAUCUACAAAUGAGACCCAGCAAGUGUCUGAUUAUCCUGCAAAACCCCCAAUCACUGUAGCAACUAAAGAAAUUUUGUCUCCACAAACCACAAAAGAGACACCAGUUUCAUCAAAAGAGCAUAGCUCCCCAGGAGCUUCACUCUGGAGCCCCUGCUCAGAAAAAAGAGCCGGACCUGAAGGCUGGACAAUGCUUCAUGAUGACAUUCAACAACCUGAACUAGACUUGCAAUUACCACCAGGGUCAAAAGUGGUGCGCUUCAAGGAGACUCAAUUCACAAAGACCUGUGCCUCCAGAACUAUUACUGUGCCAGUAAAAAGUGCUCUGAGAGAAAAUGUCACAGUAGAAGAAAAGCCUAAGAAGGAAAGAGAUGCUGUAUUAGCGCUGAAAACCAUUGUGAAGAAACAUUCAUUAAAUGUAGUCCCCAAGGGCCCAUUAAAGCCAACACAACAACCAAGUGAAAGCAAAUUUUCAGAAGAAUAUGACCAACAUUCAACUAGUGCACUGAAAACGUUUGAAGGUCACGUGUCGCAAUGCUCUCCACACACACCAGCAACUAAAAAAAGUAUUGUGAGUAGUGCAGACCAGAAACAACCAAAAGGACAGCUACAGUUAGCAAUGGCAUCAACCUCAGAAAGGAUCCCAGACACAAAGAGGGACCUGACUAAAGUUCAGUAUGUGACAAUGCAACCCAAAGACCAGACUGCGCCAACAACUAAGACCUCUCAUGCCACUUCAUUAACACCAAAAUCAAAAAAGGAUCCACCAGUGCAAACUCAAUGGGAAGCACACCCACCCAUGAAUGCUGCAGGUCCCACUAGGUCAGUAAGGAGCUCAAAAACACACAUAGGUGCAAGGGGACAAAUAAUUCAACCAGCACCUUUAAAAAAGAUGAUGCCACCACAGACUGAACACAAGCCACAUCCACCCACGACCCCUGCUGGUCCAACUAGGCCAGCAGGGAGUUUAGGAACCCACAGAUCUGCAAGGGGCCCUACACAUGAGAAGGAAACAAAUGUUCAACCAGCACCUUUACAAAAGGUGAAGCCCCCACCCAGGACCCCUGCAGGUCCAACUAGGGUGGUAGAGAGCUCAACAACACACGUUGCCACAAGAGGACAUGAGCAUGAGAGGAAAACAGCUCUAAAGGUAUUACCACCAAUAUCAAGGAAGGUGCCACCUCAACAAACACAACACAAACCACACCCACCCACGACCCCUAGGGUGGUAGAGAGCUCAACAACACACAUUUCCACAAGAGAACAUGAGCAUGAGAGGAAAACAACUCUAAAGGUAUUACCACCAAUAUCAAGGAAGGUGCCACCUCAACAAACACAACACAAACCACACCCACCCACGACCCCUGCAAGUCCAACUAGGGAGGAAGAGGGCUCAACAACGCACAGAUGUACAAGUGGACUUACGCAUUUGAGGAAAACAUCUCUGCGAGUAUUACCACCAAUAUCAAGGAAGGUGCCAGCUCAACAAACUCAACACAAACCACACCCACCCACGACCCCUAGGGUGGUAGAGAGCUCAACAACGCACAUGUCCACAAGAGAACAUGAGCAUGAGAGGAAAACAACUCUAAAGGUAUUACCACCAAUAUCAAGGAAGGUGCCAGCUCAACAAACACAACACAAACCACACCCACCCACGACCCCUGCAAGUCCAACUAGGGUGGUAGAGAGCUUAGGAACCGACAGAUGCACAACAGGAAACACGCAUGAGAGGGAGACAAAUAUUCAAUCAUCACCACCACCUUUAACAAUAGAGCAGCCACCAAAGAACAAACAGGAGCCGCACCCACCCAGAAUGCCUGCAGGUCCAGUUACAACACGGGGACAGAUAAAAACAGAAGGAAAAAUGAAAUCUAUUCUGAAAGAUGGGGAGGACAAAGAGACACAAUCCGAAGAGGAAUUGACAGUAUUCGACUAUUAUGCAAAACAGUGGGCAAUCACACAUGAAGAAAUAGAAAAAGGGAUACGCUUUGCAUCCACGUUAGAAACUGUUUAUGUGUUUGACCGCAUUGAAGAGGAAUGGGAAAGCAUGCAAAGUUGAAGUGGUUGGCAUCUCUGAGGCUAUCAGGCUCCUCUCCUGUGGAACCAACUCCCAGUUUUGGUC